AUGCCCAGAGCCUACUCCUCUCCCUACCACUGGCACCUCGCAACUCUUUCCUCUGCUUCGAAGCUGAUAUACUCCUACUCCCACGUCAUCGAUGGGUUCUGCGCCACCCUCACUCCUUGGGAACUCAGUUCCAUCAGAGAUUCUCCCGGGUUCCUCCACUCCGUCGAGGACUCGCCAGUACUCAAGUACGACACCACGCACUCGGCCCAGUUCUUGGGCCUCAAUGGCCCGUCCGGAGCCUGGGAGGCGUCCAGAUACGGCGAGGGCAUGAUCAUUGGCGUGGUGGACACGGGAGUGUGGCCCGAGAGCAGGAGCUACGACGACGUUGGGAUGAGCCCGGCGCCAGCCAAGUGGAGAGGAAGGUGCGAGAACGGCCCCCGAUUCAACGCUUCUUGUUCGUGCAACAACAAACUCAUAGGCGCCCGUGUUUUCAACAAGGGGCUGAUCGCUCGAAACAUCACUCCGCCCUUGUACGACUCCCCUCGGGACGCCGAGGGCCACGGGACCCACACUUCGAGCACCGCCGCCGGGAGCUUCGUCCGCGGCGCGUCCUACUUCGGCUACGCUCCCGGGACGGCCAAGGGAGUGGCCCCCAAGGCACACGUGGCCAUGUACAAGGCCCUGCUCGGCGCCACGUUCGCCGCCGCGGAGAGAAAUGUGUUCGUCGCCGCCUCUGCCGGGAACGCUGGCGCGGGUCCCAAGUCGCUCCACAACGGGAUCCCGUGGGUGCUAACCGUUGCCGCCGGGACAAUGGACCGCCAAUUUCAGGGGCGGGUCGAACUCGGUAACGGAUCGGUCUCUGUUUCGGGGUCUUCUCUGCACCCUCGAAGCAACGCAGCUACUCCAGCUGCGCCCGUAAUCUACAUCGCUGAUUGCGCCGAAGCAACCCGUGAACUGGUCCGAGGGAAGAUCUUAUUCUGCCGCCAAGGACGACGACUUAGCGAUCCACUUUUCAGCCUCAAGGAUUCCAAGGCCGUCGGUGGUGUGUUCAUAAUCAACGACACUACUUCCUCAUCGUGGCUGGAAUUCCUCUUGAAGAUUUCCUUCCGGGAGCCGGCAAUAUUCGUCACGCCGGGGGAGGGGCAGAAGCUGGGGAAGUACGUGAAGAGCCACCCGGAGGCAAGAUUGAGAUUCGGGAUCACAAGUUUCGACUUGAGACCAGCACCGACAGUGACAACGUUUAGCUCCAGAGGCCCAUCGCCCAGCUUUCCAUCCGUGAUGAAGCCGGACAUCAUGGGGCCGGGCUCGUUCAUCCUGGCGGCCUGGCCCAAUUCCAACAACGCGGCGGCGGAUCACAGGAGCGAUUUCAAUCUGCUGUCGGGGACCUCGAUGUCGUGUCCACACCUAGCUGGAGUUGCGGCGCUAAUCAAGAAGGCCCAUCCGGAUUGGAGCCCAGCUGCGGUCCGGUCCGCGAUGAUGACAACCGCGGAUACAGUGGACCUCUCCGGCCGGCCCAUUCAGGAUGCAAGCCCAAAGAAGGGUCCAGCGACGGGAUUCGCCAUGGGCGCCGGGCAGGUCAACCCCAGCAAGGCACUCAAUCCCGGUUUGGUGUACGACCUCAACUCAGCCGACUAUGUGAGGCUUCUCUGUGCCAUGAACUUGACCGCCGCUCAAAUCCGAGCCAUCACGAGGUCCGUCGUCGACAACAGUUGCUCCUCUUCUUCCUUGGACCUCAACUACCCUUCCUUCGUCGCGUUUUUCAGCCGUUCUAGUGAAGUUCUGGAGCUUCGGAGGACAUUGACCAAUGUAGGCCAGGAGAUGGCGACCUACAGUGCUGCCGUCACACCAAUGGAUGGUCUACAAGUCAGGGUGGUGCCACAACAUCUGGUGUUCAAAGGUAAUGGGGACAAGUUGAGCUUUAAGCUUGUGAUUCAAAGUGUAAUUCUCAAGAAGAAGAAGAAGAAGUUCCAGAAGUCCGGCUACCUCAAGUGGGUUGAAGAUGGAGGAGGCAAGCAUAUUGUCCAGAGUCCAAUUGUGGCGACUAACAUCCACAGCUACUGA